AGAGGGAGAACUUGAUAGUUGCGACGGAAGUGGCUGACCAGCGCGUGAGAGUUGGAGGUGUGUUAUGAAGAUGAAACUGAGUCUUUCCAAAGUAGUUGAUGGUUGUCGUCUUGGCAUGCUAUCAAGCCUCAGCAGGAAAGGUGUUCAGUCAAUGGAGAUUCCAGGUUGUCUGCUUUACACCAAAAUGGGAACAGCACCACACCUGACCCAUGACACACUGCAGAUGGUCCAAGGUGUCCCUGUGGUGGCACAAUUUUCCUUUUCAGCAGUAGCAGAACUUCAUGAGGUCUUGGCAGAAUAUAAAGAAGGAAUGGCAAAGUUCAUAGGUAUGCCAGAAUCAGUACUGUACUGCUCUCUUAAUGACCCAGCUACCUGCUGCCCAUCUGGCUACAACAACGAAAAGACAGUUUCAGUAUGGGGAUAUGGCGGGCGGAAGGAAAUGACAGCAUCGACAUUCAUGGCCAUCCAACAGGUUAUCCAGCCAGACUGGUUCCAGUGUCUCUCAGAUGGAGAUACUAUUGCUGAAGUAAUCUCCAAGAAGCGGGCCAAGAAAUCCGUGGAUCGAUCACUGUCAUUUUUAGAUGAGUGUCUUCAACUGCAAGAGAAAUCUCCAGAAUUGCAAAAGAGCUUGAUGAUUGGAGUUAUUGAAGGUGGGGAUGUCUUGGAGGAGAGGCUGAGAUCAGCUAGGGAGACUGCCAAGAGACCUGUGGCUGGUUUCCUACUGGAUGGCUUUGGAAAUAACAUGGCUAAGAAGACCAAGCUGGAACUUUUAUCCUCAGUUAUAGCAGAGCUGCCAGAAGAUAAACCAAGACUCAUCCACAGUAUUGGCAGACCAGAUGAGGUUCUGGAGUGCAUUGAGAAAGGGGUGGAUAUAUUUGAGAGUUGUUUUCCUUAUCAGGUGACGGAGCGAGGCUGUGCUUUGUCCUUCAACCAUAAUUAUCAUCUGAAUCCUGAAACAGCAGAUGGAGAAACAGAUGUGAAGGAAGUGGAAGAGGAUAAAACAAAUGAAACAGUCAGAAGACCUGAGGAAAUGACUUCAUUUGAAAUAUAUUUGAAAGACAAAAGGUAUCAGGAUGAUUUUGGUCCUUUAAUGAAUGGAUGCUCAUGCUACUGUUGUCAGAAUCAUAGCCGUGCCUACGUCCAUCAUCUUCUCGUGACCAAUGAGUUGUUAGCUGGUGUUUUGCUUAUGAUGCAUAAUUUUCAGAACUAUUUUGGGUUCUUCUCCUCUCUCCGAGAUGCUCUGAAAGAAGACAAGUUGAUACAGUUGAAAACACUGAUCAGCAGGCAGGCACUAUGAAGUUAGAAACGGCUUAGUGGAGCACGGAGAAAAAGAACCCGUGAAGCAGGAAGCUCCAUAUUUUGCCUAUCAUCAGUCUCAUGUCAUCAGAAGCACCAACACUUCUGCUCCCUGCAAGUCUCUCCUGGAGUAUUUUUAUCAUUAGCUGUUCUGUGAAAGGAACCAACAAAAUUAGAAACAUCCAGUGCUAACCUCGACAUGAAUUAUAUCUGUAAUCUCCAAAAGGUCGGAAAGUACUAGAGUUGAAAUGAGAAGAAAAGAAUAUAAAAUGCCACAUGAACCAAUGGGGGGAAAUGUCAGCUACUACUUGCUGGCAACUUUAGAAUAUUAUUUUUAAAAUUAUUUGGAAGGAGGUAGAAAGAAGGAGUAUCUUUUCUAGCAGCUCGGCCUCACAUGGACCUCCAGCUUGUCUAGUGCAGAGCUACUAUUUUGCAAGUGGAACCAGGUCACAUCAGCACUCCACACUUUUGCCAGUCAUAGGGCUACAAUUCUGCGUUGUACUUAUCUGUUAAAAGGUAUCAGCCAAUUGACUGAGUUUUUAUAAAAUGUCCCAAAUAAUAGCUUUUUAUCAUUAGGGUGUUGUUCUUUAAACAGUUUUCCUCUUGUGUGUUACAUUUCCCUCUCAUGGAAGUAUACAAAUCAUGAGGAACAUGCCUUGGUUAUAUAUGGUCACAUAAAUAUUGUUAGGUGGUGUUUUGAUAAUAAUGGAGAACAGAGAAGGAAAAAAAUAACCUUGUGUGUCUCAUUCAGCAUAAUCAAGUACUUUUUACUGGAUACCUUUUUGUACAACUAGACUGUUACAAAUUUUUUUCUUAAAUUAUCAUUGUAUUUCAUGGGAACCAUCCGUGAAGCAUUUGUACAUUCCCAGGAAACAGCACUGCAUAAAAAAACAUAGGUUUUGUAAUGUGUGGGUCCUAACAGAGAUCUUUUCAUUCACUUGUGGACAGUAUGCUUGCUACUGUGCAUGAAAAUUAGUAUGUUUACCUGCCAAACAGAUGGGUUUGCAAUCAGCUUUGCAAAGGCUAAUUGCCUGUUUGAAAGAAUGGGGGUGGAGGAGGCUGAAUCCAGACCAUCUCUUCCUUGCAAAUAGGUGAUUUGUACUAUGGUGACAAUUUGCUAAAUCAUGUGAUAAUGGAUUUAAUUUGGAUAUCGAUGAUGGCUGUCACCACUCUCAACUUUGAUACGAAGGUGUAGCACCUUUCCCACACCUGACACCUGUAGCAGCAGGAUUAGGACAAUAAGGUAUCCAUAAUGGGAUAUUUCUGUAACAAACCAGGAGGUGGGAAGGGUUCCAGUCAUGUAUCCUACCACAACGACAGCUUAUAAAAAUAUGUUAAUAAUAUAAUUUAUGAUGCUGCUGCAAGUUAUGCAGUGCAGAAAUCCAUCAUUACUAUAACAUGUGGAAGGAAAAAUAUCCCCCAAGCUAUAUAAGCCCUAAUCUGCAAAAUAAAAAUAAACGUAAUAAAACAUAAUCUUCAAACAAUACAAUAUGAAAGUGUUCAUCCACAAAUGCACAAAAUCUCCAUCUGAUCACAGCCUAGAAUGAAUAUCACAAAAGCAAUGCAGAACAAUUCGGCCAUGACUAACGCCUGGCAAAAUAAAUAUGUCUUUGCUUAGUGCCAAAGAGAUGAUAGUGUCAUGCCAGAUUUUGAGGGAAGGGGCUAUUUCUGCACUAACUUCCCCCACGCUCAGGCUGCUUUUGUCGAGGAGAAGGGCCUCUGAAGUUGAUUUCAGCAACCAGGAAGAUUCAUGUGGUCAGUGGCAGUCCUCAAAGUUUGUCCCUCCCUCCCUCCCUCCCGUUAUUGUGAGACAACAGGUUCUUUGAUGGUGCGGAUUGGGAGGGGAGGUGCAUGCUAGUGAGAUAGAAAAAGAAAAUCUUGCACUAUCUACUCAGUUUUCAGUGAAGGGACUUUUUGCUCCCUAUACAAUCAUUCCAAUGGCUUGUACAGAAAGCAAGCAAGCAAAAAUAGGGAAAAGAACAACCAAAACGUAGCUGGGAUGGCAAAGCAUCCUCCACCAAGGACCCCUGGAUCCACUGGAUUGUUGGUGAGGCCUUCACAUUAUUUUUGGUAAAGGGAGAUGAGACCUUGGAAAUUUGCUGCUGGUGAGGGUGGUCAGUACUGAUGGAACAAGGAUCUGGCUUACUAUAUGGUAGUUUUCUGAGGAGGCUCUUUCAAUGCCUGUGCUGGGAAGAAGUAUGCCUGUCUUCUUCACCCCUUGAUACCCAGUGACUUCCUUGACAAAAGUAAGCCUUCAUUUCCUGCAAGUUGGGACAAGCCCUUUUGGAAUUUCUCCCUCUAGCAUCUGUGGACUUCCUCUUGUGCUUGGCCUAGUCCUGCAAAGUAGUCAUCGCAGACCUCCAGUUGUGCAACCAGCAACCUUCUCCGUCAGGUGCAGUUGCCCAAAGAGUGGGUGCCGCAUGUGGAAGAGGAAGGCUGCAAGCAGUUGCACCAGGUGCCAUGCCAGGGACUGACUUUCCGUACCUGCUGCAACUGACGGCGGCAACAGCAGGCACAGAGGAGGGGCACUGCUUGCACAGGUGUGUAGGCUGAUUCCUGGGAAGUGCUCCACAAAUCCGGGGAGUGCUCGCCAAGAACUUAGACUCCUGGCCACUGCAGAACAGACCAGAGUCCAAGGAGCUAAGCCCAGGGAAUCCAAUGGAUCCCCACUUGCAAACAAAUUCCUCACAUAUCUCUGCAGAUGACUUUGGAAGCUGCAAUAUGAUGUACCAAACAAAAGUAUUUCACUGAUGCACCGCUGACUGAGGGAAUACAGCACUUAAAGCUAUAUAACUUCAUUAAUAAUUUGGAAUUAAUAAAAUGAGUAUAUGAGAAUUUUAUGGGCUCACAGAAGCUCUUCUCAAGAAAGUGACUGCACUCACUUUGUUUAACAAGCUGAUAUAUUUUAGAUGAAAAUGACUGAAACCAUCAAUCAUCAAGUCAAUAACUUGUAAAUCUCUUCCUCCGUGUUUGAACUUUAUUGUUGUGUGAUGGAUU